CAAUACAAGGGCAUAGAUUUUGAGCGAAACAAACAUACACCGCGACAAUUGCGCGUGUUGUGCAUGAGUAGAGCCCUCGCAAACCCGCCCUCGAGCAUAGCUCGCCAUCAUACGCAGCUAUCACAUCAUGGCCAGUGUGUCGCUUCUGGCAUCAACCGUGCGGGCCUCGGGUUGGUUGGGGCUCCGCUGCUUCGCGUGCAGCGGCAGGACCUUGCUGGAUGGCACGUUGCAGACUUUGGCCCGCAGUGCCUACACGUCGCCAGCGGACUGUGCCCGCCGGAACCACAGCUCCUUGAGCACCAAGGAGCCAGCAGGCACUAGCGCGCAUGCGUAUGUGGGCAGCCUGACCGCCGGGACCAGGGACACGGCUCAGACGCAUGUGGGCUCCGUGCCAGCAGACCGCCUGAUCUGGCUGCCCAUGCCCAAGUUAUCGCAUGAGAUGACACACGGCCGGAUAGCCAAGUGGCACGUCGGCGACAGCGACAGCGGCAGUGGCGCGGACCCCGGGCGGCCCACCCACGUGUCCGAGUACGACAUCCUGCUGACGGUGGACACGGACUCGCUGGUGGAGGAGGCGUACCGGCUGGACCAGUUCGCGGGCACGGUGUCCCUGCUGGUGGAGUCGCAGGAGGAAGCGCACGUGGCCGGACUGCUGGUGGCGGAGGGCGAGGAGGUGGAGGUGGGCCGCCCCAUCGCGGUGCUGUGCGAGGACCCGGAGGACGCGGCGGCGGUGCGGGCGGAGCUGCUGCAGGACCAGCACCGGCAGCACCAACAGCAGCAGCAGCUGGAGGAGGAGAGGGCGACCGCUGAGCAGACACGAUUGACCCACAGUUCUGCGCCAACGCCCGUCUCUCGGUCGCCGGCAACAACACUAGCUGCAGCGACAGCAGUGCAGGGGGCGGGGACAGAGCGUACAAGCUCAGGGCCGGGGCAGGGGCAGGUAGCAGGGCGCCUGAGUCCGGCGGGGCGGGCGCUGGUGGGGGGCGUGGGGAACCUGUAUGCGGAUCUGGACGCGGCGACCAGGUCGGCUGAGGGGCUGGUGCGGUCAGCGCCGCCCCCUCGGUUGCUGGAGUGGCAGUCGUACCUGGCGAGUUCAUCUAAGGCCGCUUCAUCCAGCAAAUGCGGGUGCAUGUAAGGAUGGCGGGUCGUGUGCGAUCAAGGCAGGUAGAGCCUGUGUUGAAACUGCACCUAAGUCAUGAGAUGGAUUUACUGCUCGAUGCGCUCGAGGCCAGGAGCUGUCCAGGAAGGUGCAGCCCGGGCAGCAGGCGCAGGCGGAGGCCAAGGAGGAGGACGAGGGGGAGCCGGGGAGGACGAGAAAGAGGGCAGUAGCAGCAGCAGUACUUCAUGUCAGCGAGUAGCCGCCACGUUGGCAGACAGCAAGGCUCCAUCCUGCCCUUGGGGCGUGGGCUUAGGUGGCGGAGUUGUCUGGAUUAGCCGGAUGAGCACCCCUACGGUGUAAUGGAGGCAUGCGGUGCUCCAUGUCUGUCACGGCCUGUCAAGGGGGUUUCAACGGUUUCCUGGCACGCGCGCGUCGCAGUACCCGUGUGCCACGUCGCUUUGGGCACUCCGCGCGAAUACAGAUCCAGGUGUACAUGAUGUUAUAGCAACGCGGUGCAGGUAACCCACUGCAAGCACAUGUGUGAAAUGUGCUCAGGCCGUAAUCGCAGAAUG